AUGAAGGAAGUUAAGGAUGGAGACAGAGUGGACAAAGACACACUGGGGAAGUACAACAGAGGGAAACAAAAUAGGUUUAAGGUCAGUUCAUACAAACUAAAAGUGGUAACCGAUCAUUUCUCCCCGGUUACUUAGCCCCCUAUUUUCGAGUCAUUUAGCGCGCUUCAAAAUAUAAUAUUGCUCAUUCUAUAAGCCAGAAAUCUAAACAAGCACGCUUCAAAUGUAAUAUUCCUCGUUCUUUUAAGCAAUAGACCACACUUUCUAUGGGUUUACAGGCGUGAUAACCAACGCGGGUUGUUGGGAGAACACGAGAAAAUCUUGUAAAUCACGAGCCGAAGACGAGUGAUUUAACAAGUUUUUCUAUGAGCUUACCCGCAAAAAUAAACCAUUGGUUUUUAACCAAUCAGAACGCACGUACUAUUUUAGUUAUUUUAUAAUAAGCCAUAAACGUCCAAAACAAGCAUCAUUGCUUCAAUUAUAAGAUUCCUUGUUCUAAAAUAGUGGGCAAAGUAAGUGGGGCAAAAUGUCUUGAGGGGGAAAUGACCGGUAACCACUAAGAGUGCAUUGCAAAAGAUACAACUCUAGUCUCUCCAGGUGGAUUUAUGUCAAUGACAGAUGAACUGCAUGAAUUACUCUCGAGUGUUACGCUUCAACACAUACACCACACUUAGUAAUAAUUCUUGACUGACGUUUGAUGUAGUGAUUAUACUUUUAACUGAAACCAUUAUUUUCUGAAUGUAAGCUUAUGUUUUUAAUGUUAUUUUGUAUUUACUUAUCAGCGUUUAAAGGACAAGAAACUUCGAGGCAAACUCAAAUCAUAUGAGUCACAGUAUCAGCAAGCAGCUAUACAGGCAGCCAAAUCAGAACUACUACUCACAGAACAACCAGGGUAUAAAUACAUCCCUUUUAAUAAUACAUCCAUUAUGAUGGGCUAUCAUAAUUAGGGUUCUGAAGCGUAAGAUCUUCACCAGCUAUUAGAAGUUUGAGAACCACGCAUUUUGAUGAAAAAUUUUACAGUACAUUAACCAUCCUCUAUUAAUAUUGAAAUCAGUGAAGUAGAAUCCCUGCCCUCUCUUUCAGAAAAGGGAAAUUGAAAGUGUAAAAAUUCUAAGGCAGAAUGAAUUUGGCUUGAGAAGGAUCGGAGAAGAAUGGGAAUCCCUGUGAACAAUUUUUGUUUCCAACUUCAGUUCUGAGAAAUGACUAAAGGCUUAUUUACCUCCUGAAACUGAAAAGUCGCCUGGCUGAUCCUCCGCUUCAAAUCUGACUCAAAAAGUAAAAAUACCAUAUAACUGACCACUGAUGAAAAGUUUUUUUUGGCUGCUGUUGUUCCUUCUUAUUUAAUAUUUAUUUCACUGAAGCAUGUAUUUUAUUUUUCAGGUGUUUAGUCUCUGGUGUAUUGACUUGACUUAAAGCUGUUGAUUUAUUUUUAACUUUAUUAUAUACUGUAGCUACUUAGAGGCUGAAGGCUUAGAGAAAACUUUUAAGUUCAAACAGAAGGACAUCGCUGAUGUCGUUGAUGUUGCAAGUGCAAGAAAGGUAAGUUUUUUAAUAUAUCAGAGCAUUGUACUGUAGAUAAAACCUGUGUACAUCUACUGCUGUAUCCAAUAAAAAAUUUUAUAACAGUCUUUGUGAAACAAUGUUUGUGACAAAAAUAUUAUUAUUAUUGUGAACAAUUGAAUGGCGUAUGGUAAUUAGUUUUGUCCAGUAUUAUGAGCUUAGCUGAUGAUAUCUGAGACUCUCAGUGAGUGUUGUAGUUGCAUUAAUUAUUAUUUGGUUCAGUCAUUUGCUCGGCCCCACUGGCAUAAGUGCUAUAAAUACUGCCAAGGGUAAAUGAAUGAAUUAUUAUUAUUAUUAUUAUUAUUGUUGACCACUCAUACCAGGAGUCUGUAUGAACCUCUAGAUCUGGCUCUGCAAGGAGCCAGAAUAAGAUGAUAAAUUGGAAUCAGUGCAGUAAUUGUUAACACACAUCACUUGUUUACAUAUUAUUUACAUGUACUAGAAUUACAUGUCUCAAAUCCUCACAACUCUCCAAGUUAAUGAAGCCAUGGUGAGUGGUUUAGGAACUGGAUGGAUGACCAGCUGCAAAUAUCGUGUCAUGAAGACUUCUAUUUCUUUCUUUCUUUUUCCUUUUUUUGUUUUAUUGUUGUAUUUAUUUUAAAAUGCAUAUAGUUGAACAUAUUCUGCAUUAUUUCGGAUACUGGAUGGAAAACAAUAGGCAAGUCCAUAUUCAAACUACAGGCUGGGUUGCAUGUACACUUUCGGAGGUGAAACCAUUCUUUCCAUCAGCGUCAAAGGCAUUCCAUGUACUUUAAUAAGUUUCACCAUAAAGCCUGUUCUAUAAUGGUAAUUAAAUGCUAUUUUUUUUCUUCUAGUAUUUUGAAUUGAACCUGGACACAUUUGGACCCUAUAGGGUAAAUUACACUCGCAAUGGAAGGUGUGUUGGUUGUAUUUUAUGAGAAAUCAACAGUAUGACUAUUUUAUGCUUAAAAGUCUAGAUGAUUAUGGAAAGGUUAUGUUGCUGUUGUUCAGUUUUUAUUGUAUCUCUGGUUUAAAUCUAUUUUUCUUUGUUUGAAACGCUUUACUGUCACAUUUAACCAUACCCCUAAAAAGGCCAUCAACAAAACUUAGCAUCCCACCAAUUUAGCCCAGGUUCAAAUCCUAGAGGUGACAUGGUACAUGCUAUGUGGGUUAAUUUGUUGUUGGUUCUUGCUCCAAGAGCAUUUUGUUACAUACUUAGGUUUUCACCUCUCUCUAUUACCUUAAAUCUCCUAUUUAGCCCCCGUCCUCCAGCAGGUUUAUCUAUUUCAAACACAUCUAAAGUGUGUGGGGGGAUGUGGGGAGGAGACAGGAGCUUAUUUUAGAUGGGGGGGGGCUUAUUUGAUUUAGCAAAGACAAUGGUAUCAGUUCACCAUAAAGAACUAGGAUACAAAUUGCAAAAGCUCAAGUACAAGAAGUUAGAGGUCAUGCAGCCGAGGUUCAAAAACUUAUAUUUGAUGGCAUUUGUAUUCCACUCAAUAAUUAUUUAUAUGGACAUUUUUGACCUGCACUGUACAGUAGCUGCUGUCAGAGGCUGAAUUGUGCCAUGUAGCUGUGAAUCAAAGUAAUUAAUUUAAGUGUGUUUUCUCUUCGACAGAUUUGUACUGAUUGGUGGUAAGAGGGGACACUUGGCCACAUUGGACUGGCAAAAUAAGAAACUGGGUUGUGAGGUUCACGUGCAAGAAACAGUUAGAGAUGUCAGGUGAGAUUCACAACUACUUGCAGUGUAGUAAAGAUUGGCUUCUACUGUUAGUAAUGGUCUGGAUUUUUGCAAAGUAAGUUGAUGUGGACAAUAAAAAUUAGCCUAUACAAAUAAACCUUAGUUUUAUCCAGGCAGUUGCAAUUGCUCCAAUUGUUGAUAAUACUGUCCUCAUCACUUCAGAACAGGGUUGUCAAAAAAAGCUGGCUGCCAGCAAAAAUCCCCCCUACUAGGUUAUUAUUGGCUGGCUACUCUGCUUGGGAUUUCUUUUCGGAUGGCGUUUUUAAAAUAAAAUAUCCCUGGACUGGUAAGAAACAUCUUCUGAAAACUAUAGCAAUAAUUAUGUGUCACUUACAGAUGUGGGUACUAUGAAAAAUGCCACGAAACUCAAUACUUUGCUUGUGCUGCUUUGCAUGACAAAAACAGCAUUUCAGAGCAUCCUAGAGGAUUGCGCCUUUGGCGCUUGGUAGUGCCUCCAGCGCUGGCCGCUUUCUUUGAUAACUCAGCUGUCUACUUCUAAACUUUCUGACAACUCUGCAGAAGUGUUUUUAUAUUAUUAUCUUGGCCACCUGAACAUAUUUUGAGAUGACUCUGGUGAUCAGGACAAUAAUGAUUGCAUUAUUAGAUGUGACAAAAAAUAAUAUUAUGAUUUAUAUGAUUAUUGUGGAUCUACAUUUCACUGUUGGUCUUUAUCAUGUCAUGGUGUCAAUGGGCUGUUUGGGAUUAUUAGAAGAAGUCUCUUAUUUUCACUAUUUUAAUUUGUGUGAUUUUCACAGUUAUUAAAAAAAAUUGCAAAAAGUUAAUACGUGUGAACAAAGGAUUGUCCAAAUAAAGUUAAACACACAAAAUUUAAUGGCGUUGAAUAUAUGACAAGUCAAAAAGAAUUUUAAAUGUUGAACUGCAUCCAGGCCUUUAGGCCUUUUGGCGAAUAAAAACUCAAAGUGUCUGGAUGUUGUUGUUGUCCGUCCAGUCUGCAGUUAGCACCCUUUCUUUGAUUCUCUGCUUUCUCCAGCUUGUAAUUCAGCGAAAAACUUCUUUCAUACGACAUUUAUUGCAUACUUGAAGACCUGUUAUGUUUUGUUUAGUUUAAUACAUGUGCAUGUAGUAUUACUAAAGGUAGCUUUGCUGAUGUGUCAGAAGGUCUCAUGAAUAAGUUAUAGUGUGGUUUUAAGUUUACCCUCGGCAUCUUACUUUAAAUAAAAUUUUUAAAAUUUUAUGGUUUGUGAUAAGUACCCUCAAUUCAAUUCAUAGAAAAUAAAACACUGCAAAAAAUUACAAAAAUUUUGUACAUUUUUGCUUUAGUUUUUCUUGCAAUCACAAAAAUUAGUUCUCGCAAAAUUUGGCUCACAUAUGUUCGUAAAAAUUAAAAAAAUUAGUAUUUUAGCUUAAGGCUGGUUUUCUGCUUACAACUCAGUCGCUUGCAUUCAAGUGAAAACUAGAUUGUCGGAGUCGUAAGCAGAAGCAAAAGAACUAAACCAAUCACAAAGCGUGGGAACUUGCAUUGUGAUUAGUUUCUCCUGCUUCCAAGUCCAACAAUCUGGUUUCCACUAGAUCGUAAGCAACAGAGUUGUAAUCAGGGUCAGAAGGAAAUGGAAAUGUUCUGAUUCUUCAAACUCAGAUUCUGUCGCACUUAUGACUCCGUUUACGACUCCGAUUUUUGAUUUUCAGAAGGUCUUAAGCACUCUUACGACUCCACUUAUGAUUUCAACUUUUACUCUGUGGCUAGUGAAAACCAGCCUUUAAUUAUGGCUGUUAGUUCUUACUGAGUUUUCACCCCACUGUAGUUGUUAGUGGUUAGUGAACUUUGUUCCUCAUUGUCCAUUCUUACAAAAAAAUUGUUCCCUCAGUGGUCCGUUGUGCCAUGACCAUCCAUGCUCUGUAGUCUCUGUUGAUGUUCUGGCCAUCCACAUUCAUUGUACAUGUGUUUAAGACUUCAAUAAACAGAGUGAUACUUUGUCUACCAUUCCUGGUCAAAUUUUGAGAUUUUGGUUUUUGAUGAGAGGCCGAGAAAACCGUGACCACAGAACAUAAACAAAGGAGAGAACCAACAACGAACUCAACUCACGUAAUGAUGUCAAUGCCGGGAUUUGAAACUGGGCCACAUUUGUGGGAGGCAAGUACUCUCACUGCUGCCCUGUCCCUUGAUCCCUUCUUACAUUGAUUUCAUUUUGUUUUGCAGAUGGUUACAUGUUGAGACAAUGUUUGCUGUCGCACAGAAGAAAAAUGUCUUCAUUUAUGACAACAAUGGCAUUGAACUCCACUGCCUAAAAAACCAUCGUCAAGUGAACAGAUUAGAGUUUUUACCUUAUCAUUUCCUUCUUGCCUCAGUGGUAAGUGGUCAUUUUCUAAACACUGGCAAAAUUUUUUGGUAUCAUUUAGCAAUUAAACGCAAUUGUAAUUUGCCUUAUGUAUUCAAAGGGGCUACAUGUAUGUCCUGCUAUAUUUACUACCUUAUUGAAAAUAAGCGUUAAACAUGUCUCCACCUUUAUUGAAUUCCUACAAUUGGUGCCAAAAUGAGUUGAGACAUUUCGCCCCAAAAGGGCUUUCUAACGUUUCACUGACUUCAAAAGGGAAAAUAAAGCUUUUCCUCCCCCAUCCUCUACAAGCAGUGUUGUGCCACUGUUAGAGCUACCUAUAGAAAACAACAAACACCCCAACUUUGAAUGGAAGGGAGGGGGAAGGGGUGUGGAUUCUUUUGUUAUCUCAUCUGAAGUUACCCUGUUUGAGUACAAUGUCUCGACAAUUUUGUCGCCGAUUGUAGAAGAAUGGUUAAUUUUCCUCAUUGGAGACUGGCAUUAAAAUUGUUUCCUAUUGUUUGUUGCUACGGACUUAAAGGAUGGGCAUGGAUUGAAACUUUAAAAAAAUUGGGGUAAUUCCUUUUCCUACGUGAAACUAGUUUAAAUAAAAGUAUUCAUUAAACAUUUACUAAAAUAUAUUUGAAUAAGGUAAUAUGAAUUCUUACUUGAGGAACAAAAUCAGGGUUAAAAACUUUGUUUGCUUUCACGAAUGAAAGGAUGUAUUGGUGGAGCAAUGGGAAAUGUCAUAAUAUACGAGUCAUGUGAGCUGCUCUGUAGAUCUGACGUUGCACGUUAUGUGCGAUUAGCCUCAGACGUUUUUCAUCUUUCGUAUAUUAUGUUCUAUCAGUGAACUUUCCAAACUUUAUAUAACAGGGAGAACAUGGAAUACUAAAGUAUCAAGACACAUCAACAGGCAAACCAGUUGUUGAUUUGUAUACAAAGCUUGGAAAGUGUGACUGCAUGACGCACAAUCCUUAUAACGCUGUCAUUCACCUUGGACACUAUAAUGGUAUGUUUGGUUUCUUUGUUUUGUGGUUAUUGCACGGAAUAAUAGUGAUAAAGUGUGGGUCAAUGCCAAAUGUUAAAAAGACGAAUGCCACUCAACGCGGUAUCUCGGCACAAAACUCUUGGGUGACUUUGUCAGUGUGGAUGGUCCUAUCGAUCUGUGUAAGCGUGUGGGAAAGUGAGACCAUAAAGCACACUGCUGCACUGCGUAUUCCGAACGGGGUCUGACGAAUGCUUUGUAAAAUGGUAUAAGGACUUCUGGUUUUAUAGCUACUAAAUUCCUACUGAUCCAUGAUGUCAUUUUUUUUGCUUUUAAAAUCAUUCCUCGUAUACUGUCCUCCCAAAAAAGAGUAUGAUUAGCUGAAACAACCACUCCUAUAUCUUUUUACUUUUCUACCCCUUGUAAGGGUGAAUUACCCCUCAAAUUUCAUUUGCCACACGUUGGCCCAAUGCGAUAAGCAGUGUUAGUCGGAUUGAACGUUUUCUGGUGAUCGUGCGUUUCCUAUUAAAUUGAGUCAUCGGCAAAUAACGUGGUGAUAUUCAAGGAAUAAGAAGUAGAGAGCAAUUCAAGAAAGUAACCUUACGAAGAGUAAAGAAUUAUUGCAAAUAAGCAUUCAUGCAUGAGUAUUCUGUAGUAGACCAGUUCCUUAAAAAGCGGACAGCCAAUGGCAGAGUCGGCGGGAAAGUAGACAGGCUUAGUUGUCAAUCCCUUACUCACUCAUAAACGACAUGUGAAGUAAUCACCCGCUUGGAGUAAGUGGUUCACGGCGUUUUUACGUUAAGCCGAGUGAAUUCCUGUCUGGGGAGAAAUUUCAGUGCAUGGGUAAAUUGUAAAAGCCUUGAAAAUUGAAAAUCAUAUCUGGCCUGGUGGCCGCGUGAUAAGAAAGAAUGAAGUCACAGCAGAUACGAUGUUGAGAAACUCCAAGAAGCUUAGUGGACUGAGCAAAUGAACAAAGAUGUACGUACUAGAAUGCUAGAGAAUAGCAAAGGAAAUCACUUUUUCAAAAAAAUUUCCAUGUAACGAGAGUGGUAGAAGAAAGGGCAACACUGAACGAACUAUGAGACGAGGAAGGAUAUGGACACCUUGAGGGCAGAAAGAGCCAAAACCCAGAUCAGGCCUCAAGGCUGAAGAAAUUGCAAGAGCGCGAUGUGGAUAACAAACAUAAGAAUAUCCUUUAUGGUGAACAAAACGGCUUGGUUGAAAUUCAAAUAAUUUUUGACCAGGAAAGCCAAAAUACUAAUCUUACGGCGCUUUGCCCGGAUUUGCAAGCAGUAGCUGUGCGAUUCCCAGUGGAGCUCAAUUUAAGGUGUUUCAAUACAGUUUUUCGGAAACCAUACCGAUGUUUUUCAAUCGUCUUAAAAGUGAUUUUGUCCUUGUCCGAUCGCUACAAACUUUUCACCAAUGAUUGACCAUGAACUGAAGUUUGUCAAAAUGUAGUUUUUAGUAAAAUCGAUAUCACUUUGACAACAAUAAACAAAAAACUUUGAAAUAGAUAAAAUCCGAAUUUUGCGCGAUCUAGACCUGCUACUGAAAAUCCGACACAAAAAACGGCUGUGUGAGUGUAAAAAUUACAGUAAAUGUAUGAAGGUGACUUUCUUGAUGAAGGAACUCCAUGCAGGGAAAUCGAUGUUGGCUGGAGUUAGCGCGAAGUUUGAGUUAUCACUAGUCGACUGUUACAAAUAAAUGAGCAAAUAAAUAAGUAAAUUAAUUAAAAAAUAAAUAGGGUAGGAGAGGGCAUUACUAUACAUAAACGACUUACCAAAUUGCCUUAUCGUAGAACGUAUGCCGAUGAUACGCAUCUUACCUACGCUGAUAAAGAUGUGAAUAUCAUUCAGUCCUGUUUGAAUGAAGACUUGCUAAAUAUCAGCAAAUGGCUGAUCGCAAACAAACUCACACUUUAUAUAUGACUGAGUUUAUGCUAAUCUGCUCGAUACAAAAGCUGAACGCCCCAAGUGCCUGUCCCGUUCUGAGCAUCAAUGGUACUCCCAUAAACCAGGUAUCAACGUCAAAAUCUUUAGGCGUACUCAUUGAUGCAAACCUUACCUGGGGCAGUCAUAUCGAAAAGUUGGCUAAACAAAUUGCCUCGGGUAUUGCAGCUAUCAAACGGGUCAGGUAAUUUGUUCCCUCACUGGCUAGCAACAUUGCAUCUUAUCUACAAAACCUUGAUUCAGCCGCAUUUCGACUAUUGCAAUUUGUUUGGGGAAGCAGUGGCCAGAAACAACAAACUUCAAAUCUUACCUGCAGCGCGAGCCUUGAUACAGAUGCCGCAUUUCCAAAAUUGCAAAAAUUUAGUACUCCCUGAGUACCUAAAAACCUUAAAUUUUUUAUUGCUCGAUCUAAUACCACUUCGAUUCAUACACUUUUCUACCCUGGUUCCAGAGGUCCGUUCUCAAAAUACCUAAUGUGAAAUAAACCGUGCUUACGGUUUGAUAAGGCUCCCGAGACGGAGACGCCGCGAACCAUCAGUAUCGAUAAGAACCCAGGGUAACACAUUUCGAGAUUCUGUAAAUAAAUUAACUAUUCAGGGCUCAAAAUAACGGCCGGUCAACGCGGACAAUGUCCGGCCUGAUCGUGGACUUGACCGGUCAAACUCUCGUCUUGCCGGUCAUUUUUGGAUGCGAACAUUUUAUAAUAUUUUCCAUAUAGUUGUCGCUUAAUGCGUUUUGCUCUAUAACAUUGUUUGUCCGGGCUAAAAAGUAUUUGGCCCGUCAUCAUGACCGGCGACCUGCUGUCCGUUAUUUUCAGCCCUAUGCUAUCCCACAGCCACGCACAAAUUAUCUCAGGGGCACCCAACGUCAAUUUUCGGAAAAUCUCUUCCGAAGACGAUUUGAGAUCUAGAAUUUUUGAAACAUUUGUUGUAAAAUUUCUUGGUUGCAUGCCUCUCCUAGGAUUUUCGAACAUCUAAAAAAGUGGUAUAAUUGCCCAUUUUUAACGGACUUUUAUCCUAAAAAGGUCACCUAGAAUUUUCGGGAGCCCUUUUUCUGGCUGAAAUUUUCGAAAAGGUAAGUUUUGAUCCCUAUAAUUUUCGGAUCACUUUUUAGACUUUUUUCAUCCCUCCCCACUAAAACGCCUGAAAUAAUUUUCUGAUCACUAGAACAGAUAAAAUAAAAACAUUUUAGGGGAUAAAAAUAUACCUAUAUCUACCGUUUAAAUACUAAAAUACGUUCAACAAUGCUAUGUUAAGUGGUUUUGAACUAUAUUCCCGUUGGGUGCCCCUGAUUAUCUCCGUAACAGUUUUCGCUACAGUGGUGCUGUUCUGUGGAAUAGUCUUCCUGAAACAUUAAGGCAAGCAGAAUCCCUACGUAAUUUUAAUUCACUUUUGCACAGUUAUUAUGAUAUCAAGUAAGGCACGGCAUUCAUGGAAAACAGGUUUUUUUUGUAUACAUGUACAGCUAAAUAAAAAAAGUUUCCUGUGGUAAUUGGUCAAUGGUAAUUGGACAUGGGGCAUUUGGGUAUACAGCUAUUUCGAGAAAGGUUGUCGGAAAAAGUGCACGCGACAAACCCAAUAGGUAUUGUGGGUGGUUUUGAGCUCACUGUUUUUCAAAGAAAUUUGAAAGAAUGGCAGGAGAGGCCGUCAGCUGAGGCCGCGGACAUAUGUCUGCGAGUGCUAAAGGAAAGCAACAAAAGUAGGUUCGACAGCUACAGUGUCAGGAACAGUGUAUUGAUCAUAUCCCAUAUUACUUUUCGGGAUUGUCGCGUGCACAUGUUUUCCGACAACCUUUCUCGAAAUAGCUGUAUAUGGAACAAUGCAAUGACUUACUUGAGUGACCACCAAACAAUAGCUCCCCAAUGCCCAAUGCCCAAAGCAAGCUUUUUUGAAUCAGCUAUAUACUUCAUUGAAUAAUUUUACAGUCAAACCAAGUCAAGCGUACCCCCCAAGAUUGUAUUACUGAAUUGAUUAUUUGAAAAAUGAAUCUCUUAGUCGUUCCCGUAACUGGUGUCAAAAUCAAAGCGGCAUUUCUGCAUGGGUAAUGAGCAGUGAAUAUUUUACGAGAACUUCUCUGUAUUUGGUCAGAUUGGAAAUCUUUGAAUGGAUUAAUUUUCUUAGAAGUCAUUUACAUCAAUUUCAGAAAAAUGGAGCAGGUAGAAAUUUCAUAACUGCCUCGCGUGCGCAUUCACGGCUCAUUACACAUGCAAGAAUGCGGAGAUCAAUCUGAAAUCUACAACUAGCAACGGAUUCAACUUUUGAAUAAUAAAUUCAUUAAUGUAUUCUUGGGGGGUACGCUUGGGCGUCGAUAAAACCCGAAACAUGGAACAUUCCGGAACAUCCCGGAACAUGAAAAAAUAAAAGUAAUUUUCAUUAAAAAAAAAUUAAAUAAAAUGAUAAUAAUAACAUAGUUUUUAUAAAAAUUAAUAAUAGUAAAAUAACAUAAAAUUAAAAAAAAAAAAAAAAGACACGAAAAAUAAAGAAGUGAUUAAGAAAAAGAAACUCAUCUCCGAGUAUGAGAAAACAAUAUUUUGUCGCAAAUAAUUUGUUGGGCGAGUGAGGGUCCAUGCAAAUGAAGGUAAUGAGGGAAGGCUUGCUUCUAAAUUCAAAAUAUAUUAAAAUGGGUCGCGAGGAGGGGGGUUUUCAAGCUUUACUCACACAGCUUCCUCUUGUAAUUGUUUGCCAUGAGUUAAUCAUUUGGCGGUUAACCAUUUACGGUUCUGCGAUGGUCUGAAAUGUCGGUGCAGUAUGUCAUGUCAAGCCGAGUCGGUAAUUAAGUUACUUAAGUCCAAAGCGACGAGCCCCUAAGCUCUUCUUACGGUUGCAAAGCAGGAAAUGAAUAACCGUUAAACCGCAUGGCAAACAUUUACAAGAGGUAGCUGUGUGAAUAAAGCUUGAAAACCCCCCUCCUCGCGACCCAUUUGAAUAUAUUUUGAAUUUAGAAGCAAACCCUCACUCAUUACUGUCAUUUCCAUGGACCCUCGCCCCACAAAUUAUUUGCGACAAAAUAUUGUUUUCUCAUACCCGGAGAUGAUACGAGUUUCUUUUUCUCUAUUUCUUUCUCUUUCGGUUUUUUGUUAUUUUACGUUAUUAUUAAUUUUUAUUAAAAUUAUUAUUAUUAUUAUUAUUAUUAUUAUUAUUAUUAUUAUUAUUAUUAUUAUUAUUAUACGAUGAUAAUACGAUCAGCCUUGCUGUGUCUCAGAGGAACCAGGAGCAAGAGAAGAGCAGCCAAUAUAUCUGACAUUGACAUUACAUCGGAAAGUGCGCAAGCCAGAAUUUAAGUAGUAACUUUUUGUCAGUUUGAAUUAUUAUUGUUAAAUAGUUUUUUAUUUUUUUUAUUAACUUUUUUAUGCUUUUUAUGAUUGUUAUUAGUAGUCUUAGGAUAGUCAUUUUACGACAAUUCUCUUUCGUACACAAGAAGAAUGUACAUAGGGUAUAUAUUUUAAUAUUUCAUAUUCUUGAAUCUGUAAAUAGUCUCUUUUUUUAAAUCUAUGAAUAAAGUUUUUAUUAUUAUUAAAAAAAUAUAUUAUUAUUAUUCUUAUUAUUAUUAUUGUUAUUAUUAUUAUUAUUUUAUAUACUUAUUUUCAUGGAAAUUAUUUUUAUUUUUUAAUGUUCCGGGAUGUUCCGGCAUGUUCCGGAAUGUUCCAUGUUCCCGGUUUUAUCGACGUCCGGUACGCUUGACCUGGUUUGACUGUAAUACUUGUUUUGCACCAACCACUUAUCAUUUAACAUGGCGAUAUUAAUCCGCGGUCUUUCAUAUGGGUCUUUGCUAAUAGUUUUGUACGCAGUGACCAUCGUAUACUUACUUUAUGAGGGAACAAGAAGUACAGAGCGGUUCAAGAAAUAUACCCCCGCUAUCAGAUCCAUACGGCAACGCAAGAUUAUCAUUGCUUUCAACUGGUGGGAACAGUUAACAAUGGCGUCAAAUAAUCUUAUUAGGCUCACAGCUUUGGCCGCUAAUGGAGAAAGACAGGUUGUUGUUCCUUUUGUCGAAAAUUCGCGUUUCAGUGGAACACCGACCAAAAAUAACAAAACGCUCGCUUUCUAUUACAACUUGAAAGCGUUAAAUAACAAGCUCCGCUCUCAUGGCCACGCAACACUUAUAAACUGGGAGGUAUUUCAAGAUGUCUGCAAAGCAAGACUUGACUUGUUGGUUUACAUUGAUUACCCAGAUCUUAAGGUGACGACCAACUAUAGCCGUUCCGCGCCGUUUUAUCGUUGUAACGAUCGCCAUAAGACCAUGUUUAAAGGCUUUAAUAUUGGAAAAACGAUUUGUAUGGAUGCUUCUCUCGAUUCUGUUCAGAGGUUUGAAAAUGAAGUGGUUAUGGGCCUUCCUUGUGUUGGAAUUUUUCAGUGGCGUGGAAUUGGCAACUGGCAAGGCUCUGCUAGAGCUCGUUUUGACACUUGGCAUGCUGUGAGAAACAUACUGUGUUAUCAAAAUAUCAGUUCUCUUUUUAGUUCCAAACUCCAUCAUAUUGCUGAAAUUUUCGUUGCAAAACAUCUUGGUGGGUUCUUCGUCUCUGUGCAUAUUCGCACUGAAUGGCUUUUAGGGAAAGGAUUAAAUAUUUCCGAUUUAGUGAAAUGCAUUUCUUUCUUGAGUGCUCGCGUUCAGUCAAUAAGAGACAAAAUAGGUAGGGCCACCCCUGUUUUUCUGGCCGCUGAUUUUGCAGAGUUUGGUUCUUCAAGUUACAAAGUAAUACCCGUGCGGAAGCGAAGUGAGUCACUAAAGAAGAUUGUAGCCCCCUUAAAACCCAUCACCUUUAAUCCUUCAGAGUUUAAACUUGCUGAUCGUGGUGCAAUAGCUAUAUUGUGGAAGUGGAGAUUCUCGCUUCUGGAAAUCGCUUAGUUGUACUUGGUGGAAGAACAUUCCAAUCUUCGAUCGUGGACCAGUUCCUUAAAAGGCGGAAAGCUAAUGCAUGGAAAGUAGACAGACUUAGCUGCCAAUCUCUUACCGGUAGUCGGCAUGUUUGUUAAUUGAUAUUCGUAAUAAAAAACGCUUCGAUGUUUUCUGGGCUAAUCCUUAACAAUUAUUCCUCGAGCCCGAAUGGGCUCUGAGUCAUUGGCUCAGAGGCCAUGAGGGCGAGAGGAAUAAUUGUUUUAGUAAAAUCCAACUAGUUCGUCAAAAAUAUGGAGACAAAACAACUUUAGCGAGUUAAACUAGACUUUAAUCCUUUUUUGCCGCCAAAAAGCCGGCGCUUUUCGCUACUAGUGGGCUAUAACAUAUAGCCUAGUAGUAGCUCAACCAAUCAGAACGCAGCAUUGAUAAUAGACCACUAGUUGGAUUUUACUAAUAAGAGAUAUAUAUAUCAUUGCCUAGAAAAAAUUUUCUAUGCGAUUUUGAAAACAUUUCAGUGACAUUAGAUCCUCGUGGUAUAAAUAGACGUGAUGAACUUAAUCAGUGACAUUUAUCCUUUUUACCUAUUUUAUCCUGCUUGCUAUGUGUUCAAAUCUCGCAUAUGUACCGUUCAUCUUGUUAUGCAUAUUUAUUCAUUUAUCUUUUAGCCCCCGUUAUUAAAGGUGUGUGUUGCAAACUGAAAUAUGGAGCAAAUAUAAUUCACCAUUUGAUUUUUUGUUUUCUUUCUUUACUUUUUUUUCUGUCACUCUUCUUGCCGUAAGGAUCACGGGGGGAGGGGGAGUGGUACUCCCUCCCUUAUAUGGUCUAUACGGGAUUUGUUGCUUAACAGGGUAUGGUUUUUGACUUCUCUGUCCUGAACAUGGUCUAUAAUUUCGCGCGAGUCUCUCCUAGACAGAGCCUAUAAUUCUGUGCUAGUCUAGUGUCCUGAUUAUAAGCAAGCUAUUGCCUGCACGAUUGAAUUGAUUUGCUCGAUGAAACUUGUUUGUACUUAAAGUGUCCAAAGCAAGGACUAUAACGUGAAUUUGCUCUAUUGCAAUUGCCAAUAAAUUGCUGUAAAACAAGACGGCGUGCGUUUUCUCCUAUGUCCUAAACAGGGUAUGUAUUUUAGGAAUUUUAAAAACCCUCAGCAGCUCAUGUAUACCCAAAUAUUGUUUGAGUACCCCCCACCCCUCCUCCUCCUGGAAGGAUCAGUUAACUGUUUUACUGUAAAUUAAACGUUCUCAAGAUUGAUUUCCACUGACGCGUUUUUGGCUACGCAAGUUAACGCACGUAAAUUUUUAUCACGUAAAUCAAAUAGAGGCAAGAUAAAAAGUGCUGAGCUUAAACGAGAAGUUGAGGGAGGUUACUCUUACGAGCGACCUUCUAUGCCUCUAUUUUAUUUGCGAACGUAAGUGUUAUGCACGUACGCACGUAAAAGUUACGGGACACUGGAAAUCAACCUCAUCUACAAAGUUUCAGCUUUCAUAUUUAUAUAUCUACCUGGAUUUAUGAAAACCGGGUUAGCAAACGUUUUGUAAUUUGUCUCAACUUCCCCUGUCUUAGCUUUUUUACUGUGUUAUUUCUUUAUCGCAUCUUUUCUUGGUUGUUUCCUGGUUAGGGAUUUGUGUAGAAGUGGCCGUAGACAGGAUUUUAGUACAAUACGAUAACUUCGGUCCGAUAUUGGAUGAUGAAGACUCAGCAAAUCGUAUUAAAUUUGUCCCAUCACAGAGCUUUACAUGAUGCUCUGUGGGAAUCUUUUCUCAAGGUGACCAACAACGAAAUAGAAACUGCUAAGCGCGGGCACCGAAACCAGUUGUAGGUGCGCACUGAAUUCCAAUAUUAAAUUGUCACUUGAGUUAGAGAGAGAAUUGUGGGUAGGGACGGGAAAAAGGCCAACGAGAACGACAAACUGCAACCGUUGCGUGUACGCGUGCAAAGUGUUCCUUUAGUGGUGCAAGUGUUUUUAACUACAAUAGUUACAGGUCUGUUAAGGAUAAUUAAGUAUCUAAUUGAUUUGAAUUUAUCUCAUUUGCCAACUCAACAGAAUAAAACUAUUGGCAUAUUAUUUUAUUGCAUGGUUUUUAGGCACAGUAACGCUUUGGGCCCCUAACACUAAAGAUCCACUUGUGAAGGUGCUGUGCCACAGAGGACCUUUACAGGCAAUUGCAGUCGACAACAGAGGACUGUAAGUAACUUCUAUCUUGGUUAAGUUGUAAAAAGAACAUUUUAUGCCACAGGUACCCCAAGCUUUUAAGAGAGAAUCGUUCUUGUGUAACAGAAACGUUGUAAGGGUUUGUCUUGGCAUUUUAGCAAUCGUUAUUUAGAGGUCAAAAAUAGUAAUAAGAAGACAUCAGAAUUUCAUUCUUUAUUUUUUUGUUUAAAUUUGCGGAGUGUUCUUAGCAUAUUUGGCCGUUUGAGAGCGACUCCAGCAAGUUUUAGGUCUGCCGUUGUUCUCUUUAGAAAUGUUAUAAGUGUUUGCAUGCAUGGGGAUUUUAGUGUUCCUUUUUAAAAGGACAAAAAUAGUAUUUAAAAGACAUCAGAAUUUCUUACCUUUUCUCAUUGUUUAAAUUUACGUUGUGUUCUUAGGGCAUUUGGCAGUUUCAGUGUAAUUCCAGCGACUGUUAUUUCUGUCGGGAAUAAUAUAUAAAGAGAACAACUGCAGAACUAAAACUUGCUGGAAUCACACUUAAACAGCCAAGCAUCUUAAGAACACAACGUAAAUUUAAACAAGGAGACAGGGUAAGAAAUUCUAAUGUCUUUUUAUCCCUAUUUUUGACCUCUAAGUAGAUCGCUAAAAUCCUCAGACAAACCUCGAGCAGUCAAUAAUAAUGACAUUUUGUGUCUAAUAAUAAAACCUUAGCUACAUGGCAACGUCAGGCCUGGAUGGACAAAUGAAAAUCUGGGAUGUUAGAACUUAUAAGCAGCUACAGGCUUAUUAUACACCAACUCCAGCAAGCUGUUUAGCUAUCAGCCAAAAGGGAAUGUUAGCUGUAGGAUUUGGACCAAACAUACAGGUAUCUUACAUUUUUUGUUUGAAGUUUAAAGGGGCUAUUCCAGGCUAUUUGCUAUCUUUUUAAAAUGUAAAGCUACGCAUGAACUGGAUUCCAAAAAUAAUGGUCCAGUUUUGUUAUUCAAGACUGUAUUUAGGCACUGAAACUAUUUCAUGUUGUCUGUGUCAACGGAUGGCAAGGAUGGAUAUGGAUUGUAACUUGAAAAAGUUGGGUCAAGGUUUUCAAGUUUUACAAAAUGUAAUGCUGUGCCUGCAAAAAUCGCCAAAAAAAUUAUUACGGUUAGUGCUCCCCGAUGACAUUUGUUCGGUAUCUUCUUCAUACCUCUACAGGAGCAGUUUAGGUAUGGGUAAAAGCCCUAGGUAAUGACGUCAGAACAGAAUAGUCUAGUUAUUGACAUAGGCGGCUCUGAAGAAAAAAUUCGAGUACUCCUAAUUAAGAGUCGAACCUAUAACGUUCUUGUUACUAGUCCACAUGACAUCUUCCUCAGUCUCUGGAAAUAUAGCGUACCCUACGAUGAAGCCCGUCUAUAUCAAUUAUUAUUAAAAACUGAAUCAUUGGAUACUGCAGUUCUAGAGCUCUGAUUGGCGUAGCCAUCAUGGUAUAUGAGCCAUUAUACUAUGCUCUCCAAAUAUGGUAACUGUUACCCUGGGUGCCAGAGACUUUUCUAGCGCGGUUUGCUGUUUCUGUCAAGUCUUUAUAGUGACCCGCCUACGGCCGAAGAUGUGUCGACCUUCGGCCAACACCGAAAAUUCCCACCGCACGCGAGAAAAACCUCUGGUACCCAGGGUAGGUAACUGUACGCGUCUGCUCAAAAUUAAAAACAAGCUGAAGAUCGGUUGUUUUUACAAAUAAAGGCGGGAAGAAUUCUCUAUAUUUUGUGGGCGUUUUCAAUAGAACAAUUAUUCCACUCGUGCUUGUUGGAUGUGAGAUGAUUAUAGCCAACUUGGCCCAUCCAAAGCGCACACGUGAAAUAAUUGUUAAAUAUACAAACAUGUAACGCGAACUUUGUUUCAUCCUAAAUAUGCACCUAUAUGGGAAAAUUUUCUUUGAUCAUAUAAAUAGACAAGCUGUUGCUUUGACAAGGAAAAAACUGGUCAAGUUUUCCUAGCAUUUACACGAGCAAAAAUCCUUCUUGACAAAGAAAACUUGUCAAGGUAAAUCUUCUGGUCUAAAGGGGGCUUAGCUUUACAGAGCUGUUGUCAUCUAGCUCAAAAUUAUUUAGAAGUAUUUCUCAAAGAUUUGAAUAUAAAACAAUAACCAGGAACGUCCUUUUGCUGAUGCUUAUUUCUUCAUGAAGAUUAUUAUUAUUGCCCACUCGCCCCUGGAAAUCUUGCCGAAAAACGCUUUUGGUAGCUGGUCAAGCCGUUUUCUUGUCAUUUUCUUUUGCUCUUCUUAUCCUUUCAUUUUUUUUCUUUAAUGGCGUGAACACUCCCAGGGGGGUGAAAUUAUUGAAAAGGCAGUACGGGUGGCUAGUACCCUGAGAAAACAGCCGACAUUUCGCGACGCCACCACUGGUUUCCUCACGAAAUGACGUUUGUUAAAAAGAGCACAGAAAUUCCAUGCUGAUGACGUGCCACUUCUGCCGCUGAUUGGAGGAAAAUUUUGCUUCAACCAAUCAGAAGAACUACCCAGAUCUGGGUAGUGACGCGUCAUCAGUAUGGAAUUUCUGCACUCGUUUCUCAGACGUCAUUUCGCGAGGAAACAAUCGGUGGCAUCACGAAACGUCGACUGUAUUAUCAAGCUAGAGCUAGGGUGGGUAAUAGAACAAGAUUUUCCCUGGAAUUUUCCGGUCAACUUGAGAUGAGUUUUUGCGUUUUUCUCUCUGGCCUGUUUGACUGAAUCGUGUUCUUUCGGAUAUGAUUCAAAAGAUAACUUCCCUGCUCAAGUUACAUAUGAAGUUGUCAAUGACCGUUAGAACUAGUGACGUCACAAGUGGUACGAAGGACGAGAGUCCGCACGGGCGGUUCAAGUGUGAAUGGGAUUUUUCAUUAAUUGCCACUGUUUCCAUUGUAAUUGAAAGAUAUGGCGAGAUGCUUUCACUGUAAAACAGAAGUCUCCCUAUAUGUCGCACCUUUUCCCGUCGUGUACUGUUCAUGGAAUGCAGUUCUGCCCAUUUGAGGAUGUACUUGGAGUGGGACACUCUCAAGGAUUUGGAAGUUUGCUUAUACCAGGUAAGACAUGCAUAUUCACAUCACAGGAGUAGCCUCAGUGAGCAAAACAUUAACUCUGCACUUGCAUCAUGCCGUCGUAAAGGUCCCGCUGUCGCGUUAAAGAACCCAUUUUCAGAUUUUUCGUUUCUCUUGUCGGAACGAAUUUAAAGAAACUGACAUUUGGAAUCUAAUCCUGGAUUCUCCUAAAGAGAACACACCCUAAGUUUAGAGUUAAGGAAAAAUAUGCUCCAGAACGUUCACUUUGCCAUAGUCUCCUUUUGCCAGUUAGUGGGUAUUCCUUUUAAGUUGUUUGACAUGAUUGUUUUUAUACUAAUAAGGUGCUGGUGAGCCAAAUUUUGACGCCCUGGAAGCCAAUCCUUAUCAGACCAAAAAACAGAGGCAAGAGUUUGAAGUGAAAGCCUUGUUAGAAAAGGUAUAGCACCCUAUAACAACACUGACUAUAGUGUUUUUUAUGAUGUUGGUUGUGUUAUUCAGGAAUCUAUUAUUCAAACACACAUAAAAUUCAGACAUCUAACAAAAGAAACGGUAGCAAAAUAAGCACUCCUACUACUUAAAAACAGGUGCAGCAUAUCGAUACAUUGUACUCAUCCUAUACAAUUUAAAGUGAGCCAUUUGAGCCAUUAACUCUUUCACUGCCAAAUGUGGCCAAAGGCAAAUUUCGACCAAAUUUCCACAUUUCAUUUUCUAAAAUUUUUGAGAAACAAAUAGCACCAUGUGAAAAGUACAAAGUACGAAGGUCUUUCAUUUGAAUGGUCAUCAUCAUGAGGCGAUUUCGUCCACAGACUCAAAAACAGUAGUUACAAAAACAAGACUCACCUUUAAAAGAUAAGAAAUCUCCAUCAAAAUACUCUGGCAAUUUAAAGUGAAGAGGUUAAUCUAACUGGAGUUAAAUCGGGGAGAAAUUUAACUUUACUCAUUUAAGACACCAAUAAGUGAAGCCGGAUUGAUUUGUUUCAUCUUUCAUUAUCACAUUUACAAUGAUAUUUAUAAUAUUAGUAAUAUUUUUUGAGGCUUGUUUUUUAAGCAUGUUCAUUUUUCCAAAUAUUUUGCAGAUUCAACCUGAGCUUAUAACAUUAGAUCCAAUGGACAUUCUUCGCGUCAAUCGGCCUUCAAAGAAAAACACUGGAAAGGAGGGUUUAAACAAUGACGAUGAAGAUGAGGAUGAGGUAAGUGCAUGGUAUGAGAGAACUUAAAAUGUUACAUGAGUCUGACCUCGGAUGGAACAGAGGGCAACAAAGUGCUUGCACAUAAUUAACUUUUGUCUUGUAUUACCAGCCAUUUUUCAUGAAAUGAAUACUCUAGAUAGUUGCGCAUUUCUAAACGGCGGAGGCUAGAAUGUACGCUCGAAAAUCGGGUUGGUCACCUCAUGAUAAUCACAUGACGCAAUAUUCCCGUUGGAGGACCCUUUUAUUUAGAAAACUGGGAAACAUCGAAAAUGGUUGGAACCCAGUAGUCAAUUCAUAAGUUGUAGGUGGAAUAGGACUGAAUACGACUGUUAUUGACGCGCAGUGACUAAUCUUUUGACAACCUGUGCAGUCUUCAUAGCCAAUUACAUAACGGCUUAACUGAGAGACGAACAAUAAAAAUGCUGCAAAAGAUCACUACAAUCUCACCCUCCCCGGGAGAGUUUCCACUACAAGAGUUCACAGCGUUAUGAUUAGCGAUGAUCUUCAGUGGAACCAUCUUGUAGUAACAAAAACAAAAAAGGCAGCUGAACGCCUCUAUUUUCCUAGGUGGUUAAAGCGAGCUGGAAGAGGUUCUAAUAAACUGGUGCAGUUUUAUUUUAAAAAUCAGUGCUGGAGUAUGGAUACCAAUCCGCCACAGUCUGUUUAGUUAGUACCACUGCCAUUUUCCGUCUGCCGUUUGCGGUAAACGUGAUGCUUAAUCUCUUAGUCAUCGUGUCUGUUUAUCAUUUCCAAAAAAAAAGACGUUGUUUAUCCCGUGUUACCACGAAAUGUAUUAAUAGGCCAAAUAAAAACCUUCAAUUUCAAAACGAAGCUAAGUGCAAAACCUUUCUUUAAAUGAGUUUUAUUUGCAUGAGAAUGAAAAAAUCUAUUUCAUAUCAAUGGCUUCGCCCUUAGUCUCGCUUUGAAACAGACUGCUUGAGGCAACUAGGAAAUGGCUUAUUAUCGUCUUAUUGUGAGUCAACGUUUUCAAGCAAAGGUGUCUUUUGUUUUAUCCAUUUGCAGGAAUCCAGUUCCAAGGAGAAGUUUGAACCAAAAUUCAAAACAAAAGGCCGGAGCUCGUCAAAGAAGCAACAUCUUCGAAAGAAAGGUCAUCAAGAAGAAACGAAACGGGUAAGCAAUUGAUUUUUUGAGCUCAAAUUUUUUUAGCAUGAUUCUCUAUCUGGUUACAAAACGGUAUGGGACGAUUUUUUUUGGAAUGAUUUUACUCUGACAAUUUGUUCCUAAAAUUGGGUUUUCUUGUUAAACUAUUGGUUACUUUUGACCAAUUUUUUGUUCCACCUUUUCAAUUUUACCUGACAAUUUGUCUCACACCAAGAAACCACCGAAAUAGUUAAAUAUUUUCUCUUUGUUCACCCGAGGGAAACUUGUAAACCAAUUUGAAUUUUAAACCAGCCUCGUUCCCAGUCGUCGUCGGUGAUUUUUGAUGUGCGUCACCUGUCAAAAAAAAUUGUUUCGGCCUUUCGGGCGUCCGGUUGGUCUAAAAAUAAGGGGGUGGGGAGGGGAGGGGUGGGGCGGGGCGGGCCCCUCCCCUGAAUCCGCCACUGAUAAUUUGCCUGACAUUGGCUGUCCAUGUAAAGGUGCCGCAAUACGACGAAAUGAAUUUUGCGCAAGGUCAGAUGUUUAUAUGUCACAAGUGAAAUCAGUGUGUGUCGUGAACGCAGAAAAACUAACCAAAACAAAGCGUUGCGUUGAGAGGAAAUUCUGUAACUGAAGAAAGUUUUCUAAAAAUAACAAGUGAAGCAGCUCAAAACGUUUCUCAUCUUUUGCCUAGGCCAAACGUCGAACUUUUCAUGAGACGAACCAAACUUAAUGUUGAGUUAAGUUCGUGAAAAGUUCGAGGUCUGGCUCAGAUUAGUUCGUCUGAAUGAGUGUGGAUCGUCUUCGGGACACGCGUCGAUCUUCACAUGCGACGAACUAAACUAAUGAAUUAAAAAAAUUGUAUGAUAACUAUGUUUAGCGCCGUUCGGGAAAAAAAAAAUACUAAAAUUGCGUUGUGGUCCUAUUCAGUUGUAUGGUUCGACGCGUCCUAAGUUCGACAUCUGACCCAACAGACGAUCUUAAACUUUAUUUUAUUUAGGUCGACCCAAAUUAGAGUUCGACAUUUGUCUUAGGCCUUGGAAAGUUUGGGAAAAUGAUUAAUUAAAUGUUCAAGUAAUUUUAAAAAUAAGCUGUACUAAAUAGAGAGGAGACUAGUUUUUCCAUCAUUUCUAGGCGGAGUGAUAAGUAUCAACAUGAUAUUUUUUGUCUUGACACAGGUGGAAGUAAGACAAGCCAUACAGGACAAGCGAAAAGAAACGAGAGCUAAUCAAAUGAAUGAAAGUAGAUUCCUUGAAAAGAAAUCCGCUCUGGAUAGAUUUCAAUCCAGGGCAAAAUAAACCAAACAAUACAAGCCUAUGAUUGUUGUUGUUAUGUUACAGAUUACAUCCUUGGACAAAAGCUAGCAGUACUAAUUAUUACACUGAGCAAAAGUUUUAUUUAAUUUUUUCGGAAUUGUCCAGUGCCUGAGAAAUAAAUUUUAUCG